ACUCUGUUAAUUUUCCCACUUGUCAAGCAUGAUAACAAGCUGAUUGUUUGAAAAUUUCAGGAUGAGCUCACUUACAGUCAUGCUGUUUAUCGUAGUAGCGUUUCAGACACAAUGCACUGAAGCAGUUAACAAGGAUGGAACCGUUCUAUUUUCUCUUCUUACCAACUUGAGUGCACCUCCCAACUUUUUCAGCAGCUGGAACUCCUCCGACAACUACCCCUGCCACUGGAAAGGAGUCACCUGCCAUCCAGACAACACGGUGAGUGCACUUGAUCUUUCUCAAAGCCAGCUCUCUGGAACGCUGUCUUCUGCUAUCUGUGGUUUACACAAUUUGAAAGAACUCAAUUUGGGCUCUAACAAUCUCUCUGGCACUAUUCCUCCUGAGCUAGGAAAUUGCACACAGUUAGAGACUUUAGAUCUCUCACAGAAUUAUCUCCAUGGGCAAAUCCCUGUCCAACUGGGUAGCAUGAAAAAUCUAAGAGCUUUGUCGCUCUUCGAUAAUUUUCUAAGGGGAAGCAUUCCGCUCUCAAUUUUUGGGCUUUCACUACUCAAGGUGCUUUAUUUGUCUACCAAUAAUUUGAGCGGGGAGAUCCCGUCAAAUGUUGGGAAUCUCACCCAAUUAUCCAAAUUAUGGAUGGGAGAAAAUUCCUUAGUUGGAAAGAUACCCUCCUCCAUUGUCAAUUGCGAGCAUCUAACAGAUCUUUGUGUGCACGACAAUCAGCUGGUUGGUGAGUUGCCACAAUCCCUGGGCCGGCUUUCAAAAUUACAGCUUCUGUAUGUUACUUCCAAUAAGCUUGGAGGUCACAUCCCCAAGUCAAUUGGUGACUGCACAAAUCUCAUUGAAGUUGAAUUGUCCAACAAUUCUUUGAGAGGAGAAAUACCAUGGGAAUUUGGCAAGUGCAGCAAUCUCACCUUGAUUUGUGUCACUCAGAAUCAGCUCACAGGGCACAUACCGUCCUCGCUUGGAUCGCUACAAUCCUUGAAGCAGCUUUAUUUGAACCAAAACUUCCUCUCUGGCGGCAUCCCAGCAGAGCUUGGGAAUUGCAGUCUUCUGAAGGAGCUCAGCUUACAUACAAACAAACUUGAGGGGUUCAUUCCUCCCGAGUUGGGUCAACUGGGGCAUUUACAACUUUUGUUCAUAUCCGAAAAUUCAUUCCAUGGCCCAAUUCCUCCCCAGCUUUUCAGCGUAAGGAGCUUACGGGAACUGUAUCUCUACAACAACAGUCUCACGGGAAGCAUAUCACCAAAAAUUUUGAAUCUCACGCAGUUAGAGUACCUAUAUUUGCAGGACAACCAGCUAUCAGGCUCAAUACCUUCAGAAUUGGGCGCCCACAGCUAUCUCAGAGGAAUCGAUCUAACAAGGAACCAGCUGACCGGCACAAUACCUCCGGGACUUUGCUCUUCCGGAGGUUUGGAGAUUCUAGUCGUCGGGCAUAAUCAUUUGGAAGGGAACAUUCCUUCAGAGAUUGGUCGAUGCCGGAGCUUGGGGCGACUGAUCCUGAGCCACAACAAUCUGACUGGUGUUAUUCCUUCAGAUUUUCUGGGUUCCAAUUCUAUUAUUUAUUAUCUGGACAUGAGCGAAAAUAAGUUGCAAGGAAGAAUACCAUGGAGUCUUGGGCACUGUAAAAAUCUGAGCUCCAUUAACCUGUCCAUGAAUCAACUGAAUGGUAGCCUUCCUGCAGAAUUAGGACAACUUGCCAAGCUACAGAAGUUGAACCUUUCCUCUAAUGUUCUGACUGGUCCGCUUCCUCAGGAGCUAGGUAAAACUUCUCUCUUGUUUUCGCUGGACUUGAGUUUUAAUUUAUUCAAUGGUUCUCUGCCGGACCAAUUAGCCAGUCUAAAGAAAUUGCAGUGUCUAAUUUUAGAAGGAAACCGUUUUGGUGGAAGCAUUCCAGCUUGGUUGUCCGAUUUGAGACAAUUACUGCAACUCAGUUUGGGCCAAAAUCAAUUCCAAGGUCAAAUUCCGUCAUCACUAGGAAAUCUAGAAAAUCUAGAAAUUGGUUUAAAUUUAAGCAAUAACAAAUUGAGUGGAACAAUUCCAGAGGCCCUAGGAAAUCUGAAUAAACUAGAGAGAAUGGAUUUGUCAUCCAACAACCUCUCUGGCAUCAUCCCUUCUGCACUGGACAGUCUGUUGGCCCUCGAUGCAAUCAACAUCUCCAAUAAUCAGCUCACAGGAUGCAUACCCAAGUCAUGGUUGAAGUUAUGGAAUUCUUCCUUAAGCUCAUUCACUGGCAAUCCAGAUUUGUGUGCAACAGAGAAACAGGGGAGUUCCUGUAAAUGCAGGGGCGAUUUUCCUUUAUCUGAUAAGGAAAUCAAACAUCUAGGCAAAGUCUAUAUAAUCCUUACAGUGAUUGGAGCAAUUGUUGGAGUUGUGAUUUUAUGGAGACUUUUAUCCCCCAAAACAAGAUCCAAACUCGAAACUGGUGAGGAAGUGCCUGCCGAACUACAGCAAAUUUUUCAAUCAACGGAAAAUCUAAGCGAAAAGUAUGUAAUCGGUAAAGGGGGCAAAGGGGUUGUUUACAGAGUGGAGCUACCUUCCGGUCAACUGUUCGCUUUGAAGAAAAUACAGUUGACUCCUAAACACAAAGAGGAGAGGAGCAUAAGAAGAGAGAUCUUAACGGCAGGACAAAUCCGUCAUAGGAAUCUGGUUAAAGUUCUGAAGAUAUGGCAAAUGAAAGAUCGCGGGUUCAUUCUGUACGAGUACAUGCCCAACGGGAGUUUGAAUGAUGUUUUGCACAACAUGAAAUCCACUCCAGUUUUAGGAUGGGAUAUCCGUUACAAGAUUGCCAUCGGUACAGCUCACGCUCUAUCAUACGUUCACCAUGACUGCAAACCAGGGAUCAUACACGGUGAUAUCAAGCCCAGCAAUAUACUACUGGAUUCAGAUAUGGAACCCCAUAUUUCUGACUUCGGGAAUGCUCAACUCAUGGACGGAUCACUCGGUGCUGAUUCUUCCUCAUUAAUGGGUACUUUUGGCUACAUUGCACCUGAACGUGGACAGUCAACCAGAAUGACGGAGAAGAUGGACGUUUACAGCUAUGGCGUGAUGUUGUUGGAAUUGAUGACGAGGAAAAGUGCAGUGGAUUCGAGUUUUGCAGAGGGGAUGGACAUUGUGAGCUGGGUAAAGUCAAACAGGGGAAGGGAAGAUGUGGUGAUUGAUGAAGGGCUUGGAGACGAGACGACUAAAUCAGCCGUGAAAGCAGACAUGAAGGAAAUGAUUAGAAUUGCCCUGGAAUGUACAGAGGGUGAGGCAGAGGACAGGCCCUCCAUGAGAGAAGUGGUGGAGAUGUUGAGAGACAUUACACCCCAGAAAUACUUAAAUUCAGAGUUGAGAUUUGCAAGGCCUAAGUGAGUGUGGCAGACAUAGUGCAGCAUUGAGUUUGAUUUUAACGUGUUUAGUCAUGUCAAGCAUUGUAGAUUGUGUUCAAAAUCUGGCGAAGCCUCCGUCAGAUCUGGAGCCGGAAUUUGGUUUUCCUUUUUCCCUUUUUUUCGGUUUCCUUCUGUUACCUAUUUCAUGUGUAAUUUCUUAGAUCUAUGUGCAUAGAUACAACUAUAUCAUUUCUCAUUCAGUUGUCAGUUCUUGCUGCUGUGGUUGGUUUGUAAUUUCUAAAGCAAAAAUGUUGCUGCUAUAAUAGACCCUUUGGUGUUUGGUUUUGUUGCAGUAUAUGCGCUGUAGCAGCUUC